UUGUCAAGCGCUGAACAGCGCGUGGGCGUUGAACUCCUCAACAUUCGUCUUUUUCUCUUUAUUUUCUUUUGUUUUGUAUUCUUCGUCUAAAUCCACGAGAGGCAUCGAUGAUCUUCGGACAACUUGGUUGGUAAAGCAGAAUGUCGAAUCCAGCCGAGUUUAGGGUCAAUGGGUCAUGCUGAAAAUGUUUUUCGGUUAAAGUUGGUGGCUCUGGAACGUGAGGAACACGUUUAAGGGAGAGAGAGGGGCUCCAACAACAAGGCCAGAGCUUUGAAGCUCAUGACCUGCUCGUGUUAGGAAAAAGAUUUCUCUUUUAGGCGUUAAGAAGAACUGAAGCAUUGAUCAUGCGGAAACCCAACAUGGGAAUCGUGGAAAGAUGGUCUGUGUUUUGUGUGUUUCCAUGUGUGUCCUCUGCCAAUUGUUCUUCUCUUUUAACAGGCGUGCUUCUUGCCAAUUGAAUCCGUUUGAUUCUUUCCCUAUUUAUUGAUCCAUUGAAAUCCUAAGAGUGUGCCCCAUACGAGCUUCCUCUUUGCUCUUCUCUGUUUCUGAGAUGGUGCAAGAGGAAGAACCCAUGUUGGGAACAAGUCCCAAUCUGGAAAUUGAGACUGGAGUAGUCCCUGAAAAAAUUGAUGUUCAUGCCAUGCCGUUGAAGUUAUCUUGCAAAUCUCUUUGUGCUUUCUCCAAACAAGAAAUUAGUACUUUGGAGUCAGAACAACGAUCAAAGUCGGCAAUAAAACUAUGUGGACUAAUAAUUUUCUAUUCCCUAGUCAUGGGAGUAGAGAUUGUUGGUGGUUUUAAAGCGAACAGCCUUGCAGUUAUCACAGAUGCAGCCCACUUACUCUCUGAUGUUGCUGGUUUCUCUAUCUCUCUCUUCACGGUAUGGGCUUCUGGUUGGGAGGCAACGUCUCGCCAGUCUUUUGGAUACAAUCGUCUUGAGGUUUUGGGCGCCCUUCUAUCCGUGCAGCUCAUAUGGCUAAUCUCUGGAAUCUUAAUUUACGAAGCCAUCGACAGAAUUUUUCACAAACGCGCAAAGGUGGAUGGGAAACUCAUGUUUGUGGUUGCAGCAUUCGGAUUUAUUGUUAACUGUCUGAUGGUUGCAUGGCUUGGUCACAAUCAUGACCACCACCACCAUCACCAACACCACAAGCAUCAUGCCUGUGGACAUGUGGAUCAUGAUCAUGAAAGAGAGGAGGUAUCUGCAACAACUGAAGAGAAGACUAGUUUGGUGUCAUAUUCUCCCGAAAAGGCGAAAUUUUUUAACAUAAAUCUUCAAGGGGCUUACCUUCAUGUCAUGACUGAUUUGAUUCAGUCUGUAGGGGUGAUGAUUGCUGGAGCCAUCAUAUGGGCAAAACCAAAAUGGUUAGUGGUUGAUCUGAUCUGCACUCUUAUAUUUGCUGUUCUUGCUUUAAGCACUACUCUGCCCAUGCUUAGAGAUAUAUAUGGCAUAUUGAUGGAGAAGACUCCAAGUGAGAUUGAUAUUCAAGAGCUGGAAAAUAGCCUCAGGUGUAUAAAAGGAGUUCAGGAGAUUCAUGACCUACAUGUUUGGGCCUUAACUGUAGGGAAAAUUGUAUUAUCUUGCCAUGUUACAGCUGAACCUCUAGUCUGCUCUAGUGAUUUAAUUUGCAAGAUCAAAGAUUUCUGUGAAAAAACAUAUGGAAUACAUCAUGUAACUGUACAAAUUGAGUAGAAUAUUCAUAGUGCUGCUUAAUCA